AUGAAAUCUCAGUCCAGCGAUAUGGACACAGUCAUAGCUAAAGCUUGUGGAACCUCGACAGCUGCGCAUAGUACACCCUCCCCUUCCGCAACUCAGACGGUCAUAGCAGUGCCCUCGAAGGCCUCUGAAGUUCUCACCACCUCUGCGCGGACCACUUCUACAGUACCUGCCUCUUCCUCGACUGUGACUAUCAGCUCGUCCCCGGUCUCAAACACUACCUCAUCCGUGCAGACUAUAUCCAGCAGUUCAUCCUCAAGUUCCGUGCCUCCCUCGAGCUCUUCAGUACCGGCCACAAGCUCCUCUGCUCUCGUCAAUGAAGCACCGGUCAUCGCGUCUCCGACUAGCUCCUUCACGCCGACCACUCCAACUGCCCCACCGCCGCCGACCACUUCGUCUUCUUUCACGCCGGAGCAGACUUCAUCUUCUACGCCACCACCGGCUCCAUCCUCGUCUUCUUCGAGCAAUCCGGGCUCUGGCUCUGGCUCGAGCUCUGGUUCCGGAUCUACGUCCGGCAGCGACAUCGAUCAAUACCUGUCAACGCAUAACUCAGUCCGCGCUCAACAUGGCGCGUCCCCGUUGACUUGGAGUGAUGACCUGGCGGGGAAAGCCCAGCAGUGGGCGAAUGGAUGUGACUUCAAACAUUCUGGUGGAUCGCUAGGACCUUUCGGAGAGAACUUGGCUGCUGGCACCGGCGACUCAUAUGGCAUCGCUUCCGCCGUAAAAUCGUGGACUGAUGAAGCUUCCCAAUAUGAUCCUACCAACCCUCAGGCCUCUCACUUCACGCAAGUGGUGUGGAAGGGGAGCACACAGGUGGGAUGUGCUGUGCAGCUGUGCGACGGCAUCUUCUCCGCCAGCUUUGGGAAAGCGAAAUUUUACGUGUGCGAAUACUCUCCCCAGGGCAACAUCAUCGGGCAAUUCGCUCAGAAUGUGCAGGUCUGA